AUGAUUGAUUACAUUCUCUAUCAAGGAGAGCUUAGAUAUGCUUUUAGGGAUGUGAAGGUCAUAAGGGGAGCAGAACUGGACACUGACCACAAACUUCUGGUUGCGGACACAGGUAUUAGAGAAAGAAAGGUUUGCAGACAGAAAGCAUACAGGAGAAUAAAGCAUGAAGAGUUGAGACUUGCUGAAAAUAGAGAAAAAUAUAAAGUAGAGCUCUCAAAUCGGAUUGAAAAUUUGCAAAAUGCUGAAGAUAUGCAAAAUAAUGUUGAUUUUAUUUGGAGUGAAUUGAAAGAAGUUAUUAUGGGUGCUGCUGAGGAGGUAUGUGGCCAGAAAGUAGUAGGAAGGUUUAAGAGAAGAACUAGAUGGUGGUCAGAAGAAGUCAAGAUGAAAGUUAGAGAGAAGAAGAAAGCAUACAAGAAAUUUAUAGGCUCUAAGAGACAGGAGGAUUACAGAAUCUACGUUGAAAAACGGAAUGUUGCCAAGAGAACUGUCAAAUUAGCAAAAAUCGAAUCCUGGGAAAAUUUUGGCAGAGAUCUACAAAAUUUGCAUGGACGGGAAAAUGGGCGAGCUUUCUGGAGAACGGUGAAACAGCUGAGAGGAAAAUUUGGAAAGCAGACUAGAUCAAUAGUGGAUGAAAAUGGAAGGUUGGUGUCACAGUUGGAGGAAGUGAUGGAGAGAUGGAGAAGGUACUACGAAAAUAAGUUCCAAAGAAAUGAGAAUGAAACAGGGUUUGACCAAGAUGAGCAUCAGCAAAUGAUGGAUGAUUGA